AGAGAGAGAGAGAGAGAGAGAGAGAGAGAGAGAGAGAUCCUAAGACUCCUGAGGAGAAAACCACCGGCACAGUUUGGCGUGGUCUGCGGAACUGGGCUGUUUGUUAAAAGCUGUUGCACGCUGGUCUUGUUGUUGUUCGUCAGUGGGAGUUUCAGCUGUAGUUGAGCAUGCCAGCUACAGCACUGUGAGCUGCUCUUACCUGCUACUCGGAGACGGGAAAAUACACAUCUGUUUGUGUUCAUCGGGACACUGCGGAGUACUUUCAGACAGAGUUGAGGAUGAUGGCGGAGGGGAGGUUUGCCAGCCUGCCGAGGAAUCUGCACAUGGGGCGCCAGUGCCCACUGUCCUCCUCUAUGGACUUGCUGAGCUCCAGGCCUGCCGUGGCAGAGUUGCCUCCUCCUGGAUACAACAGUGUCUCAAUCCAUGGCACCCUGCCCCGGAAGAAAAAGGGGAGUGGCAGUGCCCCUGUCAGGCCGUGGGAAAUGUGUGGGUCACUGCCGCAUCCCAGCCGCUGCCGCCUGCCCUCGUCUCCGCUCAUACACAACAUUAUAGAGGAGCACCAGCCUUUUCAUGUGGCCAGAGAGGACUGCACAGUGCACAGGGACGCGGGAGGCAUGGACCCCACCAUGGAGUACGUCAAGUUCUCCCGGGACAAGUACAUCAUGGAUGGAGCUCCUGAGAAGCUGCGCAGAGAGUUGGAGGAGGAACUGAAGCAGUGCAGUGAAGAACCGCGGAGCCACGCCUGGUACCACGGAGCCAUCCCUAGACAGGUGGCUGAGAACCUGGUGCAGCGAGAUGGUGACUUCCUGAUCCGAGACUCAUUAUCCAGCCCCGGGAACUACGUCCUGACCUGCCAGUGGAAGAACAGCCCGCAGCACUUCAAAAUCAACAAGGAGGUGGUGGCCAUGAACGAGGCCUACUCACGCGUGCAGUAUCUGUUCGAGAAGGAUGGUUUUGACAGUGUUCCCGCUCUGGUCAGAUACUACGUUGGCAAUCGUCAGCCGGUCUCUGAGGUAGUGGGGGCUAUCAUCUUUCAGCCCAUCAACAGAGCCUUGCCGCUCAGGUGCCUGGAGGAGAAGUAUGGAGUUGGGUCUAUACGUGUGGAGGCUGGCCAGAGAGAGAGGAAGAACCAGAGUUCCAAGCGACUGAGCUUGAACAUCAUGAACGGGCACGUCCCCGAUCACACCCUUGGACGUGGGAACCUCCUCAGCACCAAAGACAAGUGCGGGAGCCAGCCGGCGUGUUUGAACCAUGUUCAGGAGCGGAGAGGACCGCUGAAGACCCAUCAGUCCGAAAGCUUCCUUCCGCUGGGCUCCAGGCCUCAAGCUCAGACCCACCAUAUGGAGACCCAGUCAUGCUCCAAGUCUUCUGUGUUCAGGACUGGCAGUGAGCCUGCCCUUAGUCCAACGGUUCCUCGCAGGAUGGCCUUCGACUCCCAGCCGGGUGAGGCCAUCCGGGGCUCCGACAGCCAGCUCUGCCCCAAGCCGCCCCCUAAACCCAGCAAAGUGCCCUCCGCAAGACUUCCCCGCUCUCCGUGCCUGCAGCCCCUGGCCCCUGUACCUCCAGUGAAGCCCCAGAAGCAGCGGCAUUUGCCCCUCCAACAGCAGCAGCCGGUCAGCCUGGCUAGCCCGGAGAUGAACUACUGCAAACUGAGCCCCUGUAGCCCUGCUGAAUGGGAAAUGAUUAGUGGCCCGCAGGCAAACGCUAAUGGCUACGUGGAACGGUUGAAGACGGACGAGGAGAAAAGCACAUGUGGCGGGACCACCAAGCUGGAUCGCAGCUCCUACCAUCACGCUAUAGAGGCCCUGGAGAAUGGCAGUGAGGAGGAAGAUGAGGAGGAGGACAAAGAGCAAAGACAAGCAGAACAAGAGGAACCUGAAAAAGACAAGGUUAAAGGCUUCAGGAGGCCUGUAUUUGAGACAGUUUCUGCAUUCAGGCCAGGGGACACUGACUUUAGGCUUCUGCCGGCAGAGAAUAAGCCACUGGAGAUGGCUGUGCUGAAAAAGGCCAAAGAACUGGUGGUCAGUCAGGACCCUAAGACCAUUGCCAAGCACAUCCUGCAAGCUGACUGUGAGGUUGCCAGGAUACUGAACGUUUCCGAUGAGAUGAAAGGUCAGAUGGGUGUGACCUCUGGGUUGGAGCUGGUGACCCUUCCGCAUGGAAGACAACUCCGCCAGGAUCUCAUGGAAAGGCAUAACACCAUGGCGAUUGCUGUAGCAGUGGACAUCUUGGGCUGUACAGGCAGCCUGGAUGAGAGAGCGGCCACACUAAACCGGAUAAUACUGGUCGCUCUGGAACUGAAAGACUCCAUGGGAGACCUUUAUGCCUUCUCCUCCAUAAUGAAAGCACUGGACAUGCCUCAGAUCACGAGACUGGAUCACACAUGGACCACGUUACGCAGGAAAUACACGCAGACUGCCAUCAUUUACGAGAAAUCUCUCAAACCGUUCUACAAAGGCCUGUAUGAAGGCAGUGCGGAGGUGCCACUGAGCAGUGCCACAGUGCCACUGCUGAUGCCCCUCCUCACCCUGAUGGAAAGACCUGCAGUGGCCUUUGAGGGCAUGGAGCUGUGGGAAAGCAAUGAUCAGGGCUGUGAGAUCAUGCUGCGCCAUCUAGAGGACGCCCGCGCUGUUGCACGGAACGCCGACACCUACUCCUACAACGCUCAACGAGUCCUGAAAGACUUCUGUCCCGAUGAGGACAUGCUGGAGAUCCUGAAGACGGACUUCCAGCUCCGCCUGUUGUGGGGCAGCAGAGGGGCUGCUGUGAACCAAAUGGAACGAUACGACAAGUUCAAACUCAUUCUGACCGCACUGUCCAGAAAACUGGAGCCACCUGUCAAACACACUGAACUCUGAGGAAAAUAGACUAGAAUCAGCUCAAAGAGCUGCGCACAAGCAAAGACUUUCUAAAUCUUCUAAACACCACAAACAGAAGACUGGACCCCAUGGUCUAAAAAAGUGGUGUGAAAGAAGAAGCCCCUUUGACAAGUACUUUGGUACCAUGGACCUUCUAAAGGAAAAAUAUGUCUAAAGAUUAAACCCAAUCGUGUACACAGAACUCAGAACAAGCAGUCUUUUAAGACUGUCAGCACAAGAGGAUAUUUUCCCGCUCUUUGGGUCUCAAAGACAAGAUGACAAUAAUAAUGAGAUGAAGAAUUGAAAAAGACAAAAGAUGCAACGAGGAGCAUAAAUAAGUGUUUGAGGAAAAUAAAGCAUGUGGUUCAUCACUUACCAUAACCGGCAAUUGUGUGUUUUAAUGAAGGGCCAGGUGAUGAGUGGGGAAAGAGGAUGAAAGGCACAUGAACGUGCUUCAGUGGACUAUGAAAGUUCUGUUCUUAUGGACAUUUUGAACGUGUUCUGAUAUGAAUAUGUAGUGUUUGUACAGCAAUAAAUGUCUAGAAAGUCUGGAAUCAAAGUAUCGAGGUACACAUUGGUCAACAGUGUAUCUGGGGGAAAA